GUCACAUGACGCAGCCCAUCAUGGCGGCGGGAGCGCGGCUGCCCGGGCCCGCCGCUCCGCAGGGCUGCUGCCGUUGCUGCUGUUGAGAGGCGGCGGCGGCGGCGGCUCAGGCUGGCGGGAAGGAUGGUGUUUCUGCGACUGGAGCGGCAGGUGCGGACCGGGAGCCGGACCGAGGUUUGGCAGAAGCAACGUGUGCUCGGGAGCAGCCGGCGCGGGUGCCGCUGAGACAGCGGAGGGAGGCAGGACCGACUGACGGGCGAACGGACGGACGGACGGACGGAAGGCGACUGGAGAGCCGGCCCCGGAGCCGCGCCGUGGGCGAGAUGCCGGGGCCGCCGGCGUUGCGGCGGAGGCUGCUGCUGCUGCUGGUCCUCCUGAUCGCCGGCAGUGCUGGGGCCGCGCCACUUCCGCAAACAGGUGCAGGGGAGGCGCCACCUGCUGCAGAAGUUUCCUCAUCUUUUGUGAUCCUGUGUGUGUGCAGUUUAAUAAUAUUAAUAGUGUUAAUUGCAAACUGUGUGUCCUGCUGUAAGGACCCAGAAAUAGACUUUAAGGAAUUUGAAGAUAAUUUUGAUGAUGAGAUAGAUUUCACACCACCAGCAGAAGAUACUCCCUCUGUUCAGUCCCCAGCAGAGGUCUUCACACUUUCAGUACCAAAUAUUUCACUCCCAGCUCCCUCGCAAUUCCAGCCUUCUGUAGAGGGAUUGAAGUCUCAAGUUGCCCGCCACAGUCUAAACUACAUACAGGAAAUUGGAAAUGGCUGGUUUGGAAAGGUUCUCUUGGGAGAGAUUUACACGGGCACUAGCGUAGCAAGAGUCAUUGUGAAGGAGUUAAAAGCAAGUGCCAGCCCAAAGGAACAAGACACUUUUUUGAAAAAUGGAGAACCUUACUACAUUCUUCAGCAUCCAAAUAUUCUUCAGUGUGUUGGACAGUGCGUAGAAGCAAUCCCCUACCUCCUGGUGUUUGAGUUCUGUGACUUGGGCGACCUGAAGGCGUACCUGCGCACAGAGCAGGAGCACAUACGGGGGGACUCACAGACCAUGCUGCUGCAGAGGAUGGCAUGCGAGAUCGCCGCGGGGCUGGCCGCCAUGCACAAGCUGCACUUCCUGCACAGUGAUUUAGCCCUGCGGAAUUGUUUUCUCACCUCCGACUUAAAUGUGAAAGUGGGAGAUUACGGAAUAGGAUUCAGCAGGUACAAGGAGGAUUAUAUUGAAACAGAUGAUAAAAAAGUUUUCCCUCUGCGAUGGACUGCUCCAGAAUUAGUAACCAGCUUUCAAGACAGACUGCUAACUGCAGAUCAGACUAAGUAUAGUAAUAUCUGGUCCCUGGGUGUGACACUUUGGGAGCUUUUUGACAAUGCCACACAGCCGUAUUCAAACCUUUCCAACUUAGACGUCCUCAACCAAGUCAUUAGAGAGAGAGACACAAAACUCCCGAAGCCCCAGCUGGAGCAGCCCUACUCUGAUAGAUGGUAUGAAGUCUUACAGUUCUGUUGGCUGUCACCAGAAAAGAGACCUGCAGCUGAAGACGUGCACAGGCUGCUGACUUACCUGAGGCUGCAGAGCCAGCGGGACUCAGAGGUCGACUUUGAACAGCAGUGGAACGCUCUGAAGCCGAACACAAACAGCAGAGACUCCUCCAACAAUGCUGCAUUCCCAAUUCUUGACCACUUUGCCAGGGACCGGCUGGGUCGUGAAAUGGAGGAAGUCCUCACCGUGACCGAAACCAGCCAGGGCCUGAGCUUCGAGUAUGUCUGGGAGGCCGCUAAGCACGACCACUUCGAUGAGCGCAGCCAGGGCCACCUGGACGAAGCCUUGUCCUACACGAGCAUCUUCUAUCCGGUUGAAGUUUUUGAGAGUUCGCUUUCAGAUCCCGGGCCCGGAAAGCAAGAUGACAGCGGCCAGGACGUCCCCCUGAGGGUCCCCGGAGUGGUUCCUGUUUUUGAUGCCCACAACCUUUCUGUUGGAAGUGACUAUUAUAUCCAGUUAGAAGAAAAAAGUGGUAGUAACUUGGAGCUUGAUUACCCACCAGCGCUGCUCACAACCGACAUGGAUAAUCCAGAAAGGACUGGCCCUGAACCGUCCCAGCUCACGGCGCUCAGGAGCGUUGAACUUGAGGAGUCCAGUACGGAUGAGGACUUCUUCCAAAGCAGUACAGACCCCAAAGACUCUAGCGUACCAGGGGACUUACACAUGACCAGUGGCCCCGAGAGCCCUUUCAACAAUAUAUUUAAUGAUCUGGACAAAUCGGAAGAUUUGCCCAGUCACCAAAAAAUAUUCGACUUAAUGGAAUUAAACGGAGUUCAGGCCGACUUUAAACCUGCCACUUUAAGUUCCAGUUUGGAUAACCCCAAAGAGUCAGUCAUAACGGGCCACUUUGAGAAAGAAAAGCCCCGUAAGCUUUUUGACAGUGAGCCUCUCUGCCUAUCAGAUAAUCUUAUGCACCAAGAUAAUUUUGAUCCAUUGAAUGUUCAAGAAUUGUCCGAAAACUUUUUAUUUCUUCAAGAGAAAAACUUACUAAAAGGCUCAUUGUCCAGCAAAGAACACAUAAAUGAUCUUCAGACAGAACUUAAGAAUGCUGGUUUUACUGAAGCUAUGUUAGAAACGUCACGUAGAAACUCUUUAGAUACUGAGCUUCAGUUUGCUGAAAAUAAGCCAGGCUUGUCUUUGUUGCAGGAAAACAUAAGCACAAAGGGUGACGAUACAGAUGUCAUGCUCACAGGUGACACUUUGAGCACCUCAUUGCAGUCUUCCCCGGAAGUGCAGGUACCUCCUACCUCCUUCGAAACAGAAGAAACGCCCCGUCGGGUACCCCCAGACUCACUCCCGACACAGGGAGAAACCCAGCCCACGUGUUUAGACGUUAUUGUCCCGGAGGACUGUCUCUGCCAGGACAUCAGUCCAGACGCUGUGACUGUCCCGGUUGAAAUUCUCUCGACCGAUGCCAAAACCCACAGCCUGGAUGACAGGUCCCAGGACUCUCCUGGCGAGAGUGAGGAGACCCUGCAACUCACCGAAAGUAACUCUGUUCUUGCUGAUGACAUCCUUGCCAGCAGGGUGAGUGUGGGGAGUAGUCUCCCAGAACUGGGACAGGAAGUACACAAUAAACCAUUUUCGGAAGACCAUCACAGUCAUCGCCAGCUAGAGAAAAACUUGGAGGCUGUGGAGACUUUAAAUCAGCUCAAUUCUAAAGAUGCAGCAAAAGAAGCAGGCUUGGUGUCUGCCCUCUCCUCAGACUCAACCAGUCAGGACAGCCUCCUGGAAGACAGCUUGUCAGCACCCUUCCCAGCCUCUGAGCCGUCCCUGGAAACGCCGGACUCUCUGGAGUCAGUGGAUGUCCACGAAGCGCUACUGGACUCUUUAGGAUCUCACACUCCCCAGAAAUUAGUGCCCCCCGAUAAGCCGGCAGACAGCGGCUACGAAACAGAGAACUUGGAGUCUCCUGAGUGGACCUUGCAUCCCGCUCCCGAGGGCACUGCAGACUCAGAACCAGCCACCGCAGGCGAUGGCGGCCACAGCGGUCUCCCUCCCAACCCGGUCAUUGUCAUCUCAGAUGCCGGCGAUGGUCACAGAGGCACAGAAGUGACCCCUCAGACGUUCACAGCUGGCUCCCAGGGUUCAUACCGAGACUCUGCGUACUUCUCAGACAAUGACUCUGAGCCCGAGAAAAGGUCUGAGGAGGUCCCGGGAACCUCCCCAUCCGCCUUGGUGUUGGUACAGGAGCAGCCCCUACCUGAGCCAGUCCUCCCCGAGCAAAGUCCUGCUGCCCAGGAUAGCUGCCUGGAAGCCAGAAAGAGCCAGCCAGAUGAAAGUUGUCUGUCUGCUUUGCACAACUCCAGUGACCUGGAAUUAAGAGCCACGCCGGAGCCAGCACAGACUGGUGUUGCCCAGCAGGUGCAUCCCACGGAAGAUGAGGCCAGCAGUCCCUGGAGUGUGCUGAACGCAGAACUUAGCAGCGGUGAUGACUUCGAGACACAGGACGAUCACCCCUGCACCCUCGCUUCCACGGGGACCAACACGAACGAACUCCUUGCCUACACCAAUUCCGCGCUGGACAAGUCCCUGUCCAGCCACACCGAGGGCCUGAAGUUGAAGGAGCCGGACAUCGAAGGGAAGUACCUGGGGAAACUCGGGGUGUCGGGGAUGCUCGACCUCUCAGAGGACGGGAUGGAUGCGGACGAGGAGGACGAAAACAGCGAUGACUCGGACGAGGACCUGCGGGCCUUCAACCUGCACAGCCUCAGCUCCGAGUCGGAGGAUGAGACCGAGCACCCCGUGCCCAUCAUCCUCAGCAAUGAGGACGGAAGGCACCUGCGGAGUCUGUUGAAGCCCACAGCAGCCGAUGCCCCCGACCCACUGCCCGAGGACUGGAAGAAGGAAAAGAAGGCAGUCACGUUUUUCGAUGAUGUCACAGUCUACCUGUUUGACCAGGAGACCCCAACCAAAGAGCUGGGGCCCUGUGGAGGAGAGGCGUGUGGCCCGGACCUGAGCAGCCCAGCCCCAGCCUCAGGCUCUCCCUACCUGAGCAGGUGCAUCAACUCUGAAAGCUCCACCGACGAAGAAGGCGGCGGCUUUGAGUGGGAUGAUGACUUCUCCCCAGAUCCUUUUAUGUCAAAGACAACAAGUAACCUGCUCAGCUCCAAGCCUUCUCUCCAAACAUCCAAGUACUUUUCCCCGCCACCACCGGCCCGGAGCACGGAGCAGAGCUGGCCGCACUUGGCGCCUUACUCCCGGUUCUCCAUCUCUCCCGCCAACAUUGCCAGCUUUUCCCUCACACACCUGACCGACUCAGACAUCGAGCAGGGCGGAAGCAGCGAAGACGGAGAAAAGGACUAGGUGGCUGCCAACGCGCACGCUCGGGUCCGAGGCUGCUCCCCUGGAGCGGCGCCCCUGCGCCCUCAGCCCGAGCAGCGACAUCCACUCGCCAUUUGCUGACAUGAGAUUGGGAGGAAGAAUCCAGAGGUGAAGAGGGAGAUGGCUCUGAGCUGCGUUCAAGGCGGGGCCCUCGGGAGCCCAGGUGCGGAGCGAGGCCGUGUCCAGGAGCCGGCGUCCCUCAGUGCCCCGUGCACCCGCGGCCGCGGCCUCCCAGGCAGUGCUCACGCGCUGGCCGUCGGGGGAGGCAGGGGCACGGCCUCAAUGUGCGCGCGUGUGUGGAGCUGUGCGCACCACGUGUGUGCUUUCCACAGGGGCGUCUCUGCGUCCACGCCUGCACAUCCCGGCACACGUGUGGGCACCACAGAGGACACGUGAGGGGAAUGGUCACCAGUGAGCCAUAUUUAUUAUUUCUAGAGAAAUCACGAAUUGCUUUCUGUAAUUGCACUGUGGAUAAAUGUUCCGAGAGUCUCCAUUGUUGUACAGAAUCUUAAAUUAUUCAAGGAAAAUGAGGCAGGUCAAGCCGAUGCUAUCCACUAGUUUGAUUUUUUUUUUCUGUUUUAUAGUUUGCGCUGCAUGGUACUUGUAAAGCUUAAAUAUUUUGAGUGUUCUACUGUGUCUAGGAUUGUUGGGAUUGUACAUAUGGUACUCUUUCAUAAAUGAUAAAUGAUUCUGAAUGUUAGUGUUUUAUGUUCAUAUAGGAAAUAUUUUCAAUGAGUCCAAAAUACCACUGUUUUGUUGAUGGAAUUGAAUGCAUUUUUGUCUCUUCUUGAUGAAGUGGCUUCCCCGCAGCAAAUGAGGCUUCUCUCUGAGGAGCUGAGAGGUCUUGCAGCCUCUCCUUGUCAUUCUUCCACCCCACGUCCCAUUUUUUAAAGCCCUUUUGGUAAAAACCGACAGGUUGUGGCCGCCGACCUCAGAUGUACCCAGCCCAUCCCUGGGGACGUGCUGGUGUGGCAGGUCCAGAGAGCUGCACCCCGCACGGGGCACCGCACCGCUUCUCUCCACGCAGCUCUUCUGCCUGGUUUUCGGAGGCCAGGCUGCUGGGAAGAAGCCGGGGAACUCAGGCAGACUCAUCCCCGCAGAGCACGCCGGCCGUGGGGGACGGUUUGACUUGAUGAUGUGUGCACACUUCAGGUGGUGGGAACUUGAGCUUUAAAAAAACCUCCACAGCCGAAUCUUCUCCUCCGAGCCACUCCACGUCACGUCCAGCUGGGCCUGGCCAGUCUGUGGUUAUCCGUGUGGGAUGAGAUAACACCACAUCCUGCAGCUGUGAAGGGGAGCAGACAAGGGACGACGGCAGAGCAUCAGCAGCCGACACAUAGUCCGGGUCGGGGCCUUGGGUGGUCCUGCGUGGCCCGGGACUCAUCUCACGGACCCUCCGUUCUGCAUUAAGCCCCAGGUUCUCUUCUGGCUUUGAAAGGGCCCGAGUGCUCCCAGUGUAGCUUCGUCACAUUGGCACGAGCCCGUGUGGUCAUGGGCGACCUCACACCUCCCUCCCUGAGUUCUGCUCUGACAUAAGAAAUCCCCAGUGGCUGGUGCAGCGCGGCUGUGCCGUGCUGUGCUGGGGAGGCAGCCGUUCCUUCGGGGGUCCUCGGGCCUGCAGUCCCCUCACACUCGCCCUUCACCCCACAUAUUUUCCGGUGCUGAUACGUUUCCAGACUCCAGCGCAACCUGGGGCACUCUCCAGACCCAUGCAGGGGCCGCCUGGGGUACACGGAAGGAA